AUGGAUUUUGCCCCAAUUAUGCCAUUUUUGGUGGUUAGAAAAACCCACUUUGUAUUCAACAGGUUAGCCCAUAGUUUGGGACCUUUGUUGUUAAUUUUUCCUAACAAAAAAUCAAGAGAUGAUUUCUGUUGCAUAUCUUCUGCACUUGUUGCUGCUGCUGCUCCACCCAGUAACCCAAACCCAGUUAAAUGCUUAGAUAAAUGCUCCUCCAUGGCAGAACUCAAGCAACUUCACUCCCAAAUCAUCCGUCUUGGCCUUUCAUCUGACAACGAUGUAAUGGGUAGAGCUAUCAAAAUUUGUGCUUUGUCGAAAUCUGGUGAUUUGGUAUAUGCCCACCAACUGUUCGAUAAAAUGCCUCAACCAGAUGCUUUUAUAUACAACACCUUAAUCAGGGGUUAUUUGCAAUGCUAUUUGGCUAGGGAAUGCUUGAUUUUGUACUUGCGAAUGUUGCAGGACUCUGUUUUGCCUAACAACUUUACAUUCCCUUCUCUUGUUAGAGCUUGUUGCAUUGAUAAUUGGGUUGUAGAAGGCAAGCAAAUUCAUGCCCAUGUUGUCAAGUUUGGGUUUUUGAAUGAUGGGUUUUCACAGAACAAUUUGCUUUACAUGUAUGUGAGUUUUGGGUUAUUAGAGGAAGCUCGUCGGGUUUUUGAUAAAAUGCCACGAAGAGAUGUUGUCUCAUGGACUACCUUAAUUAGUGGGUACUCACAAUUGGGUCUUGUAAAUGAUGCAUAUGAUGUGUUUAGGUCAAUGCCUGAUAGAAAUUCAGCUACUUGGAAUGCAAUGAUAGCUGCAUAUGUGCAGCAUAAUCGUUUCCACGAGGCGUUUGCUUUGUUCAAUGAAAUGAGGACCGAAAAUGUAGAACUAGAUAGGUAUGUAAUAGCUAGUAUGUUGUCUGCUUGUACAAAGGUGGGAGCUCUGGAGCAAGGAGAGUGGAUUCAUGGAUAUAUCAAGAAGAAUGAAAUAAAGAUGGAUACAAAACUUGCAACGACAAUUAUUGACAUGUACUGCAAGUGUGGGUGCUUGGAAAAGGCUUUUGAAGUUUUCAAUGAGCUGCCUUCAAAGGGGAUUUCUACAUGGAACUGUAUGAUUGGUGGUUUUGCAAUGCAUGGAAGAGGAGAAGUAGCUAUAGAGCUUUUCAAGGCUAUGGAGAGGGAAACAGCUGCUCCUGAUAACAUCACUUUCUUGAACGUUCUUAGUGCUUGUGCUCAUUCGGGGUUGGUUGAAACAGGACGCCAUUACUUCAAGCAUAUGACUGAAGUUCAUGGACUCGAACCAAGAAUGGAGCACUAUGGUUGCAUGGUUGAUUUAUUUGGUAGAGCAGGAUUGUUGGAAGAGGCCAGAAAGCUUGUUGAAGAAGAGAUGUCCAUGGAAGCUGAUGCUGGGGUGUUGGGUGCCCUUGUUGGAGCUUGUAAGAUCCAUGGAAACAUCGAGCUAGGAGAGAAAUUUGGGAAGAGAUUAGUUGAACUAGAUCCUGAUAACAGUGGUCGAUAUGUUCUACUAGCCAACCUCUAUGCAACUGCAGGCAAAUGGGAUGAUGUCGCAAAGAUCAGGAGGUUAAUGAACGAUAGGGGGGUGAAAAAGGCUCCAGGAUUUUCGGUGAUCGAAAUGGAAGGCAUGGUCAGUGAAUUUAUUGCAGGGGGAAGGGCUCACCCUGAAAGCAGGGAGAUAUAUUCCAAACUUGAUGAAGUGCUUGAGAGAAUAAGAAGCCUAGGGUAUGUGCCUGACACGGAUGGGGUGUUGCAAGAUAUUGAUGAGGAGGAAAAGGAGAACCCUUUGAAUCAUCAUAGUGAAAAGCUUGCCAUAGCAUUUGGGCUACUGAAGACUAAAUCAGGGCAAACCAUUCGCAUCACAAAGAACUUGAGAGUUUGUAGAGAUUGUCACCAAGCAAGUAAACUCAUUUCCAAGGCUUUUGAUCGCGAAAUUAUUGUGAGGGAUAGGAAUCGUUUUCACCAUUUCAAGAAUGGUGAAUGUUCUUGCAAUGAAUUCUGGUAAGAUGUGGCUUUUAUAGUCUUAUUGAUGCACAUGGAUUUUGCUUAGCUCAAGUAUGUACAUCUGUUGGUAUGGUAAGACUUGCCUUGUCCCGUGAAUCUCUAAUGGUUCCCUCACUGCAAGUUCCAUCACAGCUAUUGGGUAGGCUAAGUACUUUGUAUAUGGAACGACUGUUCAGUGGGCAAGGAAAGCCUCAACUCACCAAAGAAUCCUACUUCUUUUAGUCAUGAAGGUGAACUACCUCGUCAGAAAAGGAAGUUCCGAAAAGGAAGUUCCCGCAGUAGCCUUUUUUUUUUCUUGAGUUUACCAUCAGUAUUAGGAGACUUGUGUAGAGGUUUAUAUGAUUGAUACUUCCGUAGAUUGGAAAAUUGGGAACAGAAGGUGGUCUUAAGAAUUCAUUGUGGACAUCUAAAAUAUGUAGCAGUUGUGCCGUAUUAAUAUUAAGAUUCGGAACACAGAGCUUGAGGGCUAGCAGAUUAAGCUUCAGAUAUGUGAUAAUGCUGGUCAAGAAUGGCUCAGGAGUCAAGAACAUCAUAACAGAUUAACAGGAGUAAUUGUUCUUUAUGCCUGUAUUCACAACUGAUUAGCAUGAUACUAUUUUUUUUGGGAUAUCUAUAGUUAGCAUUUACGUACACUGCUCUAAUGCUAAUGUUUUACAGGUUCAUGUAGAACAUUAAUGUAUAUACUUCUUUUAAAUAAUUUGUAAUGUUGCUGUAUAAGAUCAAGUAAAACCGAUAGGACAUUGAUCUAUGCACUGGAAUUUUCAGUA